AUGAAUAUUCUUAACGAUAUAUAUGAAAAGAAAUUGACAGAAAACGAAGGAAAGUUGAGGUUUUGGGAAGAUUAUUUGAAAAGUUUGAAAGCACUAGAUUUCAGCCAAUUUUCAGAUAAAUUAGCAGUUCCAAUACUAGUACCCGUUGGCAGUAGAAUUUUUUUCAGAGGUUACUUAAAACACACUAAUGAAGUAACUGUCGCCUUAGGUGCGGACUACUUUACUAAAUGCUCUUUACAGCAGGGAGAAAUUUUACGACAACAUAGAAUUAAAGAUGCUGAAUCAAAACUGGAUACAUUUCAAAAGGAAAAAGAAUACAUAGAAAGCCAAAUAAGUUUCAACAGAGACAAUGUGUUUGGUAAUGUUGGUCAAGAAAUAAUUGAAUUACAUACAGAAGAAGAAGACAGAGCAUGGAGAGAAAAACAUAGGCAAAAGGUUAGAGAGUACUAUCAAAAAAAAGAAAAAAAAGAAGAAACUCAAAUAAAUGAGAUUCCUGAUGAAGUCUUAUGGAAUAGACUGGAGGAAUUAGAGCUUCAAGAAGAAUUAUACAAUGAAUUAUCUAAACUUGGUAAUAGUGAAGAAAUGGAAGUAAUGAUAGAAAAUAAUAAAUAUAACAAAGAUGAAAAAGAAAAUAAUGAAAAGUGUAAAAAAAAUAGUUUAUACUUUAGUAAUUUAGCAGAAGUAAAUAAAGAUAAUGGUUUUGUUCAAUUGCAUUCAAAACCAACUGAAAAAUUAGACCUUUUACAACAAGUUCUUGAUAAGCAAAAUGAACUUGAAAAUAAAUUAACAGAGUUAAAAAACAGGGACAGAAAUUCCAGUAAAACUGAGAGUGACCUCAUGUCAAGGUUAGAUGAAUUGGAGCAAUUAGAUGAAUUAGAGGAUGAAAUGGACAGGUUAGAUGAUAUUCUUCAUGAAGAAAAUGACGAGGCUGAGGAAGGUGAUAAAAGCAAUUUAAAAAUGAAAAGAGGUGUCUCUUUUGCUGACGAAGAUGAAAGUGAAACAUUGGAACUGACUUUUAAACAUACAGAAAUAGAACCAUGUAACAAACCAUACAACCCAGAAAUUGGCAUUAUGAAACCAAGUGAUAUAUAUACUGCAUACUCACACCUGUUCACUGAAACAACAUCAAUUUUAAGAAAAACAAAAUACGAGUCUAGUGUAACAGAACCUAACAUUGGUCAAGAAAAAAAAGUUAGUCCUACUGUUAUUGCACAAAAUAUAAAUACCGAAAGCAGAAUAAUAGUAGUCAAAGAUGUAAAAGAAAAGGAAGUGGAUAUGGAAAAUUCUGUAGAUACUGUGAAAACUAGACCCAUAAGUAUUUUCAAAAAACGAAGACAACAGAAAUCUUAA